GAGAGCCUUCCCAAGGUCAGCUUCAUGACCAGCCGUAUGAAAUCACUGAAGUAUCUGGACAUGAGCAGCAACUUGCUGCGUCAUGAGGGAGCUGACGUACAAUGCCAAUGGGCUGAGUCUCUGACAGAGCUGGACCUGUCCUCAAAUCAGUUGACGGAUGCCGUGUUUGAGUGCUUGCCAGUCAACGUCCAAAAACUGGACCUGCAAAUCAAUCAGAUCAACAGUGUCCCCAAGGGUAUGGCCGAGCUGAAAGCCUUGAAAGAGCUGAACUUGGCAUCGAACCGUCUGGCUGACCUGCCGGGGUGCGGCGCCUUUACGUCCCUGGAGUUCCUGAACGUAGAGGUGAAUUUGAUCCUCACCCCGUCUGCUGCCUUCUUCCAGAGCUGCCCAAGGGUCAGGGAGCUCCAAGCCGGGCAGAACCCGUUCAAGUGCUCGUGUGAACUGCGAGACUUUAUCCGCGGGGAGAGGCAGUCUGGGGGGAGGCUGUUCGGCUGGCCGGCGGCGUACGUGUGCGAGUACCCAGAGGACUUGCGAGGGACGCAGCUGAAGGACUUCCACCUGAGCGAGCUGGCUUGCAACACAGCGCUCCUGCUUGUGACAGCUCUGCUGCUGACGCUGGUGCUGGUGGCUGUCGUGGCCUUUCUGUGCAUCUACCUGGAUGUGCCGUGGUACGUGCGGAUGACGUGGCAGUGGACGCAGACGAAGCGCAGAGCUUGGCACAACCACCCCGCAGAGCAGGAGACCGUUCUGCAGUUUCACGCCUUCAUUUCGUACAGCGAGCGCGACGCGCUGUGGGUGAAGGACGAGCUGAUCCCGAACCUGGAGAAGGGCGAGGGCUGUGUACAGCUGUGCCAGCACGAGAGAAACUUUAUCCCUGGCAAGAGCAUUGUGGAGAACAUCAUUAACUGCAUUGAGAAGAGCUACAAGUCGAUCUUUGUGCUGUCUCCCAACUUCGUGCAGAGCGAGUGGUGUCACUAUGAGCUGUACUUUGCCCAUCACAAACUGUUCAGCGAGAAUUCCAACAGCUUAAUCCUCAUUCUACUGGAGCCAAUCCCUCCGUGCAUAAUCCCUGCCAGGUAUCACAAGCUGAAGGCUCUUAUGGCAAAGCGAACCUACCUGGAGUGGCCAAAGGAGAGGAGUAAGCGUGCCCUUUUCUGGGCUAACCUGAGGGCAGCUAUUAACAUUAACCU